AUGGGUAUGGCUUUUUCGCGCGUGUUUGAGCGCCUCUUUGGCAAAAAGGAGAUGCGCAUUCUUAUGGUUGGUCUUGAUGCUGCCGGUAAGACCACCAUUUUGUACAAGCUUAAGCUUGGUGAGGUGGUUACGACCAUUCCUACUAUUGGAUUCAAUGUGGAGACAGUAGAGUAUAAAAACAUUAGUUUUACAGUUUGGGAUGUGGGUGGUCAAGACAAAAUCCGUCCGUUAUGGCGUCAUUAUUAUCAGAACACACAGGGUCUUAUCUUCGUGGUUGAUUCGAAUGAUCGCGACCGUGUGGACGCAGCCCGUGAUGAGCUACAUCGCAUGCUUAACGAAGACGAGCUGCGAGAUUCGGUGCUUCUGGUUUUUGCGAAUAAGCAAGAUCUGCCAAACGCAAUGAGUGCUGCGGAGAUGACGGAUAAGCUUGGCUUGCACGGUCUGCGCCACCGCCAGUGGUUUAUUCAGGCGUGUUGCGCGACGACGGGUGAUGGUUUAUACGAAGGCUUGGACUGGUUGUCUGCAACACUUCAGAAAGCAAAAUAA